CUUUUUGAGCUACCCAUGUCUGCUUGUUCUUCUCAUUUUCAGGCCUUGUGUCCUUAAAGUUCCUUUCUAUAAAUUCUUCCAAAGAUUUAGCAUCCGACUUCUUCAGCUCUCAAUAAUGGCUUCCCUUCGCUCCUCUCCUUUCAUUUUUCUUCUUUGUUUCUGGGUUUCUCUAAUCUCAUCUGCUUUCUCUCAGACCUGCUCCACCCAGAAAUUCACCGGCAACAAUUUGUAUGCUCACUGUGUAGACCUCCCUACGCUCACCUCCUACCUCCACUUCUCUUAUGAUUCCUCUAAUUCUACUCUUUCUAUUGCCUUCCUCGCUUCCCCUCCGGCGUCGGAUGGUUGGGUGUCGUGGGCUAUAAACCCCACUGGCACCGGAAUGGCUGGGGCUCAGGCGCUCGUUGGCUACAAGGAUUCCAAAGGUUCCAUGACUGUUAAAACAUACAACAUCAGUUCUUACACGCUGGCUUCCGUGGUGCAGUCCACAUUGGCUUUUGAAGUAUGGGACCAACGGGCAGAGGAGGAUAACGGCGUCUUCAGAAUCUUUGCCAAAAUGAAGGUUCCGGCAGACUUAGCGGCGACGGGGUCGGUGAAUCAGGUGUGGCAGGUGGGUUCCAGCGUCGACUCCAAAGGGGUACUGACUCCACAUGCCAUGAGUUCUCCGAAUUUGAACGCCAAGGGAACAUUGGAUUUGAAAGGAGGACAGAGUGUGGCCACCGGUGGAGUGGACUCCAAGACUAAAAAGAGAAACAUUCAUGGGGUGCUGAAUGCUGUGAGCUGGGGAGUUCUGUUUCCAAUUGGAGUUAUAAUGGCACGUUACCUGAGACCAUUCCAAUCUGCAGAUCCAGCGUGGUUUUAUCUCCAUGUUGCUUGCCAGGUCUCUGCCUACGCUAUUGGAGUUGCCGGGUGGGCUACUGGUAUUAAGCUUGGAAGUGAAUCAAAGGGCAUUCAGUGGACUGCUCAUCGUAAUAUUGGGAUCACACUUUUCUCUUUGGCAACGCUACAGAUUUUUGCAUUGUUUUUGAGACCGAAGAAGGACCACAAAUACAGAUUCUACUGGAAUAUCUACCAUCAUGGUGUUGGAUAUGCCAUACUUGUUCUUGGCAUUCUGAAUGUGUUCAAAGGUCUUAACAUCUUGCACCCUGAACAAAAAUGGAAGUCCACUUACAUAACUGUGAUAGCAGUCUUGGGUGGGAUUGCUUUGUUGCUGGAAGUAAUUACUUGGAUUGCAGUCUUGAGGAGAAAGUCUAACAAAUCCAACAAGCCUUGUGAUGGAUAUAACGGACAAGGCAGGCAACAACCAUUCAAUGCAUGAAUGAUUCUCCAAUUUGAUAUUGCUCUUCCUAGUAGAUAUGAAUAUGAUUUUGAAAUACCCUUUUCACAACUUGAGAUUCUACUAGGCUUAUCUUCUGUUAGAAUGCUUUCUUCUUCUCCUUCUUCUUCUUCUCUUUUUACUUAAUAUCUUGUAAAAUGGUUUGUCUUCACCUGAUAUCUUUUUAAUACGCUUAUAGUUAGGGUCUUGAACACAUUUCUGAAGUGAAAUUAUUCAUGAUUUUUCUUU